CAGCAUUGUCAGGGCCGAGAUUCUAAAAUCACGAUUCGACACACGACUCGACAACGAUACCGGCCUUGUCGUGUCGAAAGGUAUAAUUCCAAUGAGAUUUCUAACCUAGAAUCGUCGGAAAAAUCGUCUCGUUGUCGAAUCGUAUGUCGAAUCGUGAUUUUAGAAUCCCCGACCUGCUAACUUCACGCUUAUUUAUAAUUAGUCAAAAAUCCAAACAUCUUGAAUUUGUUUUUAAUAAGAGAAAUUAAUUAUUUUUAUUAAAAACCAAGUGAAAACCUGUUAAAUAUUCCUAAAAAAAUCACAUUCACAGUGAAUACACACAAAAUUAGUUCACACAUAAAAAUCCAAAUAAAACAUUUCCAGUGAUCUUGUUGACCCCCUUAUUAGUUCCCAAUUUUCUACUUCAGUCUUUUUCAACGUUAUUCAAUAAAGUGAAACCAUGGCGCAUUAUAAAGGAGCCGCAAGCGAAGCUGGACGAGCUAUGCAGCUAAUGAAAAAACGGGAAAAAGAAAUGCAAGACCUGGAAAUACGGAAAAAGAAAAUUGAAGAAGAUCUGAGAAUUAACAAUAUUGAAAACAAGUUUGCUACACAUUACGAUGCUGUUGAACAACAACUCAAGAGUUCCACUAUUGGUCUGGUUACUCUUGAUGAAAUGAAAGCGAAACAGGAAAAUAUAGUCAAAGAAAGAGAGAAGAAACUAGCCCAAAAGCAAGCGGAAAAGGAAAGGGAAAAGCAGAGACAAUUAGAAGCAAAACUGGCUGAGAAAAAUAAACAAAAAAAGCAAAUUCAAGCCUUGUCUUUCACAUUGGAUGAUGGUGAAAAUGACGAAGAAGAUGAAGAAAGUUUCACAUCAUUCAAAAGAUCAAACGAAGAAUUUGAUGCAGCAAAUUUAAAAAAAAUUAAAAAAGAUCCUAUGGCUAAUACAAGUUUUUUACCAGAUAGAGAAAGAGAAGAGGAAGAAAAUAAAUUGAGAGAGGAACUGAGACAACAAUGGGCAGAACAACAACAAAAAUUAAAAGAAGAAGAAAUUGAGAUUACUUUUAGCUAUUGGGAUGGAUCAGGGCAUAGAAGAACAUGUAGAGUUAAAAAAGGAAAUUCAAUUUAUCAAUUUUUACAAAAAGUUUUAGAAUUGCUAAGAAAAGAAUUCUCCGAGUUAAAAACUGUUAUGGCCGAUCAACUUAUGUAUGUUAAAGAAGAUUUAAUCUUGCCUCAUCAUUAUACAUUUUAUGAUUUCAUUGUUACCAAGGCCAGGGGUAAAAGUGGGCCCUUAUUUCAAUUUGAUGUUCACGAUGACAUCAGAUUAGUAAGCGAUGCCUCAAUAGAAAAAGAAGACAGCCAUGCAGGGAAAGUACUAAUGAGAAGCUGGUAUGAGAGGAACAAGCAUAUUUUUCCAGCUAGCCGUUGGGAACCGUAUGAUCCUACAAAAGUUUAUGACAAAUAUACUGUGUCUGACAAAAAUAAGAAACAAUAAUGAGAAAUAAAUU